CAGGACCUUACCUGUUCCUCCAUCCGGCGCUGCAGUCUUCCCGCGGUGGCUUCUGUGACAGCCGGGUGCCCACUGCGCCGGACCGGCCGCUUUACAUCUCUGGUCAUCUCCUGUACUGUGUCUGCAGUCUCUGGUCAUCUCCUGUACGUGUCCGCAGUCUCUGGUCAUCUCCUGUACUAUGUCCGCAGUCUCUGGUCAUCCCCUGUACUGUGUCCACAGUCUCUGGUCAUCUCCUGUACUAUGUCCGCAGUCUCUGGUCAUCCCCUGUCCUAUGUCCGCAGUCUCUGGUCAUCCCCUGUACUGUGUCCGCAGUCUCUGGUCAUCUCCUGUCCUAUGUCCACAGUCUCUGGUCAUCCCCUGUACUGUGUCCGCAGUCUCUGGCCAUCCCCUGUACUGUGUCCGCAGUCUCUGGUCAUUCCCUUUACUGUGUCCACAGUCUCUGGUCAUCUC